AUGUCGUCGCCGCCUCGCCGUCGUUCGGCCCGGUUGGCCAGCACCAACACGCCCAAGCCCAAGGCAAAAUCCACCCUGACUUCCGUUGCCGAACGCGAUGAUACUCCUCCUGCUCAAGAGGUCGCUGAGAGUCUGAAUGCGCUCGUCGUCCCGAACCACGACCCCGCGACGCCCUCUUCCCACUCGAACCUCAAGGCCCCGUUGUCGGAAAUGCACCCGAGCAAGGUUCACCCCACCGCAGCACCUCCCUCCGCUACCUGGCUCGGCUUCAGAGAUAUGGACCCCUCCGACAAGAAGGCCGAUCCCCAGGCGACGCCCUCCAAGACCACCCAGGCGACGCCUUUCAAGACCACGGGCGUGCCCGAGUCGCCCUUCACAUUCCGCGUCGCCCAGCCUACCGGAGACAAUGGCCUGAGCAGCGAUGCCCAGCAGAUGAUGAACGAGCUGCGCGAGGAGGCGGCCAGAAUCAAGGCCGAACUGCUGGCCAAGCGUGAGCUGGAGAGAGAAGACGAAGAGAUCAACGGCCGUAGGAUUGCCAAGGCCAGGGGUAAGUCUGGUCGCUUCAGCGCUGUCCAUAUGGCCGAGUUCAAGAAGAUGGACUCUAUCGAAGGUCAUCCUUCAGCUUUCCGAGCCCAGCCUGGCCGGACCACUCCUCUCAAGAGCCUGAAGCGCACUCAGUCCAAGGCAAACCUUGACGACACGCCAACGCAGCCCAAGUCUGUCCUGAAGCGAUCCCAGUCCAAGCCGAACAUCGACGAUACGCCCACUCACCCGAAGUCGAUCUUGAAGAAGCCGUCCAAGAUCAACUUGGGCAUCCCCGGUACGCCUUCGCAGCAGAAGUCUAGCCUCAAGCGUUCUCCGUCCAAGGCCAACCUGGACGACGCGGACUCCAACAGUUCUACAAAGUCGUCUCUUGGACCUCGCCCCAAGUCUCGCAUCUUCGCCAACAUUGAACCACCUUCGUCGGUCAAGCGCAUGCGACAGCGCUUCGAGGACGAUGCCACCACUGCUCGACCGGUCUCUCGCGAUGGCAGCUCCCUCCCGCGCCCUAAGUCUAGCGGAACAGAUGCGCCUGCUGGUCUUCGAUCUCAGCCCAGUCUGGCCUCCCUCACGAGCCCCACUGCAUCGUCCCUGGCUCGCGCUGCUGCCAGCAAGCCUGAUCUGGGAUCGCUCGUCAAGUCGCCCUCCAAGCCUGAUCUGGGUGGCCUCACAAAGUCUGCCACCACCAACAAUCUUGGUGCGUUGGAGAAGACAGCCGAGCUGAAACGCCGAAUUGUGAGCCCUGGACGCUUCGAAAGAGUCAAGUCGAUUCUGCGCGGCGGUAAGGGAGCCUUAAACCAGACGAAGAGUGCUCUUCCCAAGCCCGCUUCCAGCAUCUCCCAGACGCCUGCGCCGCAGGCUGCAGAGAAGACUAUUCCAGCUGUUCCGUUCACCACUCCACGAAGGAAGUUGUUUAAGAGAGUCGACUUCACUCCGGACACCAACCGAGCCGCCGAUGUUCCAAACACAGUUGCGCACCGAGCCUUUGCGAGCAUGAGCCCUAUCCGUAAGAAUGGAGAGGUUGAGUAUCCGAGCCUCGACGCCAUGCUCGGAAAUGGUAAUGUCACCCAACGAAAGAAGGGCGAUAACCUCUACCCCGAAUUGAACGUCGGUAGCCCGUCUGAGAAGGCGACCGAGAACGCCAGCGAGAGCGCUAAGCCUCUGCCUCCAACUGUACCUGGCACGUUCACUUUCCGCAGCGACCACACCAUCCGAUUCGGUAGCGCCUCUCCCACUGGUUUUGGUUCGACUGCUGGCCAAGCUAGUGUCCGUCAUGUGCGGACCUCGCUGGACAUGCCGGGUAGCUUCCCCACCGGCCCCGAGUUCACCUCCAACAAGGAGAACAGAUCGCCCAUGCAGUUUUUGGCUGGAAAGCCUCACGGCAUGACCAACAAGAAGCGGGCUCGAGCUCGUGAAGAGGAAGGAGACCUUGAGGUGGACUCUGGUGAUAGAGCUGGCAAGAGACGCAAGGCCGAGCAUGUGCCCGAGGGCGAUGCUCUCCUGGCUCCCAGACUGAUGGGUGCGACCCCCGGCACCAUUGGCAAGAAGCUUCAGAGCCCUCGCGUUGCUCAAUCGCCGAGCCCCACGAAGAAGCACGGUGGUAUGAGUCUGAGCCGACUCAACAUGCUGGCGAAGCCGAAGGCUCGCCAGUAA